CAACAAAUUGAAGAAAGAGAUCAAUCAUAUGAUUCAUGUUAUAUUAUUGGCUAUUAUAUUUAUUCAAUAUUUGAUCCUCUAACAACUAUUUUGUCUCAAAUGAGUUUUUGUUCAUUCGAAGAGGACCUAAGAUUAGAUGAAUCAUCCGAUUCUUCAUCUGAUACUUCAUCUGAUUCAUCGUUCGAUUCAUCGCUAAUCGAUUCCUAUGAUGAAAGUUCUGAUUUGUCAACUGAUGAAGAAAUCCUUGAUGCCGAGUUGAUGGACCCUCAGCAGCAUGAACGAAACAUGAUUUUGAUGGAGCGAAUCAUUAAUUCUGAAAUAAAUGCCAAUAAUGAUUGUCUUAUUCCUUUACGCACUAAGAACGAAUUAAUUGAUAUAGUAAUACCUAAACCAGAAAUUGACCUUAAACCAGACAUGGGAUUAAAAUUGAUUGGAACAAUACUUCACGUUGUGGAAAAUUAUGUGGUUAUUCAAUCAAUUAACCCUGGAGAAAAUCAAGUCUUGGAUUCUGAUACUGUCUUAUUACUUGAAGGCCCAGAAGUUUUUGGGACCAUUUUUGAAACAAUAGGUCCAGUUAGCCAGCCUUUGUACGUAGUUCGUUUUAAUAAUGAAAGUGAAUUCAACAAAGAAAAAACUGUGAAAGGUGCUAAUGUAUAUGCUGCGGAUGAAUACAUUCACUAUGCGUUUCCUGAUCAAAUUCGUCAGUUUAAAGGAUGUGACGCUAGUAACAUUAACGAUGAAGAA